AGAGUAUGUCAAUGGAAGAGUUCCUCGAGUUCCGGAAGCAGCUGGCUGCAUCCGUGCUGCGACUGAAGCAAGACGUCCGACGUUAUCCGGUGUUUAACUCUGAUUUCAGUCGCCGAAGAGCCCCGGAAGUUGAGGGAAACGAAACACAAAGGACAGAGUUGUGGUUAGGAAAGAAACUCGAAUCUGCGGAGAUUACAUCAAGCGAAAGAUGCUGUAUAGCAAUGAGGUUUGGCCCUAGCUGGCUUCGUUGCAAUCGGAAGCGUUCGAGAAAAGUUUUGAACGCUGAGUUGGAGAAGAUUGCACUCCUGAAGAGGCUUAACAUCGCUAUAUCAAAUGAGGAUCCUCACAUGGGCAUUUGUCUCUUCCAUUGGCGUAUGAUCAAGUACAAGCGGCCAGGUGUUACAUUGACGAACGACCAGCUAAGAGCCUGGGAAGCGACUGAGUCUCGGUCAGAAGAUUCCAAUGAAGACUCGAGCGAUGUUGUUCUAGCUGAAAGUACCUCAUCGUCUGAUCAUGAAGAUUCCGAGGAUGAUGCAACAAUCGAACAGAGCCGGCAAAGUACAUCCCAAAAAAGCAAAUUGAAUUGGCGUGAAAUGGAUCUGAAGCAAAAGAAAACAAAGCCAACUGAUGAAGCAGGCGAGGAAGGCGAUGAACAUAGAGAUAGUGAAGAAGAUGAGAAAAGUGGUUUGUGGACGUUGUCAGCCGCUAGUCUCCGUCGGUAUAGAAAGUUUUUCAUGAUACCCACGAAAGCCAGUGCAAGUAAACAUGCGAUGCUAGAAGGUGUCGAGAAUCAUUUCGAAAGGCUGCCGGUGCGAGCAAGUGAUGCUAUAGUCCAUUUCAUCUACGUAGCCAAAAAUCGGAUGAAUACUAUUGAAUAAAUCUUUGUGCAUAGUCUUGAUGUAAUUAACCGUUGCAGUGAUUUCGUUGAUCAAUAAUC